AUGCCCUUCGUUCAAGCCAACAGCCACCGGCUGCACUAUGCAGACUCCCACCCGGAUGGUGCUCCUACCACAGCCGGCCUGACAUUCAUCUUCAUCCAUGGCUUGGGCUCAUCACAAAACUACUACUACCCAGUGAUCCCGCACCUCACGGAAUUUCAUCGCUGCAUUACGCUUGACACAUACGGCGCCGCCCGCUCGGAAUACACAAAUGACACAAUUACCAUUCCGAGCAUCGCGGAGGACGUCAUUGGCGUGAUGGACACUCUACAGAUCCCCAAGGCCGUGGUCGUUGGCCACUCCAUGGGCGGCCUCGUGGUGACGGAGCUGGGAGCUCGCUACCCGACUCGAAUGCUAGGUGUUGUGGCGAUUGGCCCAACACAUCCGUCGGAAAUGUUGGUCUCGGUCAUGAACAAGAGAUCGAACACUGUGCUUGAGUCUGGAAUGGAAACUAUGGCCAACACCAUUCCCUUUGGAGCUGUCGGGUCGCGCAGCACCCCGCUGCAGAAGGCUUUCAUUCGAGAGCUGAUCCUUGGCCAGAACCCGAGUGGGUAUGCUGCUCUGUGUCGGGCGAUUGCGUCCGCCCAGCCGGCGGACUAUGCCGCCGUCAAGGCGCCAUUCCUGCUCAUCGCUGGCGAAGAGGACAAGUCUGCUUCCAUGGAGGGGUGUAAGCAUAUCUUCGAGCAUGUCUCAAGUGAGAAGAAGUCUUUAGAAGUGUUGCAGGGCGUUGGGCACUGGCAUUGUAUCGAGGCUGCCGACGAGGUUGGCAACUUGAUUGCCCAGUUUGUGAAACAUUAG